AUGGUAUUAGAUGAAGAUUAUAAAACUUCUCUGAUACAAGAAAAGUGUCAAAUGAUGUCAAGAAAAGUGUCUAAUGUUGUCAAGGUAUUAGAUGAAGUGGUUAAACAGAAAAGUGUCUAUAGAUGUCAAGGGUUGACCAAUGCAUCAAAAUCUAUGUGGUAUAAAGGUUGCUUUGUUGGUGAAAUAAAAAACAACCUUGUUGUAGAUGAAAUCAAUGGCAAUGAUAUUGUUAACUGUGCCAAAUAUUGUCAUCAUAAAAAGUACAAGUUUAUUGGUAUAAGGAAGGGAAGUAACUGUGUAUGUAUUACUAACACCAACAGCUAUAAUGGUUUAACAAGAUAUGAUGAGGCUUGUAAUAAAAGAUGUUUUGGAGAAGGAGGUGAAAUCAGACUACGUUGUGGUGGUAAGGGUUUAACAUGGAGUAUUUAUCAAUCUGAUGGUCCCUACAUCCAGCAUUUAAACUCCACCGUACCAGGGAAAUGGAUUGUAAUGGGAGAGCCAGUGAUAUUAGAUGCAUAUAUUUACUUGGCUACUUAUACCAAUAUAUCAACUGAAAUCAUUGCCAGAAAUCACAUUUCCUCUUCAACCACCACAGCCAACCUGACAGUUCUGGAACCGGCGCCACAAGACCUUCAGAUCUUUUUAAUAUCACCAAAAGAUCAUGUACCGUCCUGUAUUCCACUAGAACAUGACACCAAGCCUCCUGGACCAUUGCUUACAGUGUUUAGUGGUGAGACAGUCAGAUUAGAAAUAUCAGUAGCAGUUGGCGUGGAUCUGACAUUCACCAUCCAGUAUGGUGAUACAGAAAUUGUCCUGACAGAAACACCUGAUAUCAUUGAGAAAGAGAGUGAUGGCAGUUCUACAGCUGUAGUUAAGUUGAUCCGAAUAAUGUGGAUACUCUAUAGCACAACACAUGGGUAA